GGACAAUAAGUUUUACAGGUAUGUGGCAGCACUGGAGACAGAAUACAGAAGAACAACAAAUGACAAUAAAUAUUUAAUAAGUGCAAAGAAUGCAACGUGGUAGUUAUUUCUAAUUACGAUAUUUGAUUAAUUGGAAUUGUAAACUUUUAAUUUAAAUUAAGAGAAAAAUGGUUCUUUUAGAAAACGAUGCGUUUCUUUCAGAACUCACCAAGCUAUUUCAAAAAGCAAGAUUAACAGCUAGUGUAACAAUUACUUUUAAGAGGUACGAUGGACGUACCAAACCUAAACCUAGAGAGGGCAAGCCACCUUUGCCAGAAUCCCAGGAACAUUUAUGCUUAAUUCGUGCAAAAUCAAGAAACAAAAAAAUAGCAACAGUGGUUCAUCAGAAAGAUAUCAAUAAAUUUCAAUUAGCAUACAGUAGUUUAUUAAAAGGAAACCUUGAUGGACUUAAAAAGUUAAAGAAAACAAAGACUAAAGCAAAAGCCGAUUAGCAUUAUAAGACUUAGAUCAUCAUGUUAUAUAUAUGAAAUUAUUUUGUAUUUAACUUUUGUAGUAUUUUAUUUUUAUUUAUCAAACACAUUUCUUAUAAAUAAAACAGUAGUUUUGUAUACUUUCAAUUUUCUGAUUACAAAAAAGGAAUCAUAAAUUUAUUAUGAAAAAAUAAUGUAUUUGUAAAUAUAAAAAUUUGUUUUAAUAAA